AUGAAGCUGAAUAUCAGUGGAGCCCACGGCGAGCACUACAGGAUGGAGGUUUUCGAGGGUUGUAACUACAGCGGUCAGUGUAUGCAGCUGUGCGAUGACUGUCCGUUCCUCCAGAGCCGCGGCUUCAACACCAACUGUGUCAACUCCGUCAGAGUCUUCGGUGAUGGAGCCUGGGUGAUGUAUGAAGAGCCAAACUUCAGAGGUCGUAUGUACAUCGUGGAGAGAGGAAACUACUGCAGUCAUAAUGAAUGGCAGGCACAGACCCCCAACAUUCAGUCCAUCCGCAGGGUGGUCAACUACUUCUAACCCUCCAUCAUCUGUGUCUCUACCUUCCCUUUCUCUGAACAUGUCAAAUAAACACAACAAACUGAACCUCAACUAUUUUAUCACACAUCAGUGUCCGUGUCCAUCACUCAUUCAAUCUCAGCAGCCUUCCACUUCACAUUCUGCUGGAAAUACCACA